UUUUUCGUAUGCGUUUUGUUUGCUUUUCUGUUUCUUUUUUUCAUUUAGAUUCUAUGUUAUUUUAUAAUAUUUCAAACUUAUCAGAAGAGGAGAUUCAGUUAUACUAAAACGUUUGAUAGAAAUACUGUCUUUCAAAAUGUAAACAUUAGGAAGAAAAAAAAUGUAAACAUUAAGAACCCAAAUGUUAACGCAAAUAUUUUAUUUUUCACUCGGAACUUUCCUUAUUCUCACUAUUUUUGUUUGUUUGUUUUUCAUUUUCCUGGUUAGUAGUCUCUUUCUGUCACAGAUCACAUGAAGGUCAGAAUAAUUCGGUUUUCCCAUUGCCUGAAUUAGUCAAAAACGAUGAUUAAAUCAGUUUCAUGGGACUAUGCUUUCCAAAUUGCUCCUUUUGCAAUCAAUUAAAGUCUCCCUUCAUAACAGUACAAAAGAAAGGAUAACAUUCAAAGUUUUUCAAAUUUAACCAUGUGCACUAUACAAUGACUUAUUUUCUCCUUUCACCUUUUAACACACACACACACACACACACAAGAUUCUUAUCUGCAUUGUGUGGCAUAAUUAUUUUUUAAAAGUUUUGCGUUAUACAAGUGGUAGUGUGGAAAAGCUCCUUACCAACCUCUCUAGUCCCUGCACAUUGCAUAGUCGCAUUUUCUCUUUCUUUUCUUUAUUUAUUCAAUUUUGGGACACUACAAAUUGGCAUCCUCUCCCUCUCAUUAUCCUUCAUUCUCAUUUCCAAACACCUCUCUACUUCUUUGUUUCGCAUCUCACAAAUAACCUCUCCUUUUCUAUCUCUAUCUCUCAACAGAUUUCAUCUACUCCUAAUAAGAAAAUGGGAACUGUUGUGUAUCAACAAGGGUUUCAGUCAUCUCAGCUUAAUGAGCCUUGGGCUUUAAGGCUUAGGCUAUCUUCACCAACCCCUCACUUCUCUCAACCCUUAGCCCUCAAGUCUCAUUUGCUUGACUCCUCUAAUGCAAAAGACACCCAAAACAGCAACGAUGACAAACCAGCUGCUUCCUCGGGUCCUGAUUCGAGUAGCUGGAGCUUUAUCCAGUCUCUAUCCUCUGGCUCCUCCUCCUCUCUCUCGAAGACGACUAGCUCUGAGAAAGAGAAGACUUAUGUUCAACGUCCUUCUUCUUCUAGAACUCUAAGCGACGAGAGCUUAGCAUUGUGUACUGAAAAUCUUGGAAGCGAAACUGGCUCUGAUGUUACUGACGUCGAAGAUCUGUUCUUGCUUUCUUUAUCUGAUAUGCAGACCAAGAAACUCGAGGUAACAACAACGGAGACAAGAACGUUGAAAAUUAAGAAAGGUUGCCCUAGUGAUCUCCCACCUCCGUUGACCAGUAUGAGAGGGUCUCAAUGCAUUCAAAUGAGACCACACCGUGAAGAUGGAAGAUUGGUCAUGACUGCCACAAAGGCACCGCCUCUUAACAGGUGCUUCCAAGCUGACCGAAGCAAUGGUCGUCUCCGACUCUCUAUCUUGAAAGACUCAGAUGAGAAUGUAGAAAACGAAGAAGUUAAGAUUGAGACGGAAGAAAACGAAGAACACCAGGAUGAGGACGAAGAAGACAAUGAAGUGAUGAUGUACAAGGAGAAUGUUCAAAUAUCAAGAAGAUGUAUUGAAGGCGAUCGGGAAAACAGGAGAUUGCUAAAUUGGGAAUCCUUCAGCAUUGCUACUUCCCAAAAAUAAGAUACUCCUUUGUUUUGCUCUGUUUUUCACAAUCAUUUAUUGUAAUCUUUUUUUCAAUUUUCAAUAGAAAUAUCGCCGUUUCC